CGAAAAACAGAAACGUAGGCAUAGUUUGUCUUAUCGUAAUCGUGUUGCGAUACACAGAAGCCGGUCUUUACUUUUUCAAUCAUCGAGUUCUAGUUUAGAUUCGCUAUCUGAACAAAUUUCACCUGGAGAUAAUUAAGAACCUGAAUAAAUUAUGAGCUACUUUAUAACCAACGAACAAGGAAAAAAUGAGUAUGGGAAGAUUGGCAAACUUCGAAUCCAAUCAACAAUACAUCCCGCUUUUAGUUUAAUCCUUCUGGGUUUUUGUAUGAUAUUUUUAAUAUUAUCAGCAUGGAAUUUCAAUAAUACGAUAAACCAGGCAGUUAAUACUCACGUCCUUCACUUAUAUUCAAGACAACCACUUUUACACACAGUGUCAGACAAAUUUUUGUCAUUUGGCCUUGAUACAUCAUUACUUCGUGAUAUGAAAAGUCUUCCAAUAAAGGAUAGCAAAUUUAUAAAUUUAGCUCGGCUUCUUGGGCCAGCCUAUGUUCGGGUAGGCGGUACGUCUGCAGAUUGUCUACACUUCAAUCAAACCAAAAUAGUUUCCGAAAAAGUUAUUAAUCCGGUAGACGGCCAAGAUAUAAGUAAUUUCACUAUUAAUGAGAUAGACUUUGAGAAUUUAUACAACUUUGCAACAAAAUCAAAAUUGCGAAUGAUAUUCGAUUUAAAUGUAUUAAUUAGAAAUGUUAAUGACUCUUGGAAUGAUGUUAAUGCUAAAAAUAUAAUCUCAUUUGCCAAAAAUAAAGGCAUGACUCUAGACUGGCAAUUAGGAAAUGAACCAAAUUCUUUUCAUCAUGUAUUUAAUAGAAAUGUUAGUGCAACUCAACUUGCACAUGAUUAUUGUCACUUGAGGGAAUUAUUAAAUGAAAUAGGAUAUAAUGAAAGUCUCCUUGUGGGACCAGAAGUAAAUCAUGUAGAAGAUACAGUUCAUAUGGGAGAGCAAUAUGCGAAAACAUUUUUAGAAAAUGAUAAAAAUAGUGUAAACUAUGUUACUUGGCAUCAAUAUUACCUUAAUGGAAGGGAAGCUCAACUAACUGAUUUUAUAAAUAUUUCAAUUUUUAAUUAUUUACCAAAGCAAAUUAAAUCCAUGCAAAAAGCAAUUAUAUCAUCAGGAGAACUUAUUCCUAUGUGGUUAUCAGAAACAAGUACAGCUUAUGGUGGAGGUGCACCAAAGCUAUCAGAUAGAUUUGUAGCUGGAUUUUUAUGGCUUGACAAAUUGGGAUACAGUGCCAGUACAGGAGUAAAUGUUGUUACCAGGCAAUCAUUGUUUGGUGGAAACUAUGCUAUGAUUGGAUCUGAUCUUAUACCAAAUCCUGACUGGUGGGUUAGUAUAGUUUAUAAGAAAUUUGUUUCAGAAAAAGUUUUAAAGCUAUCACCAAUAUCUCUUGAGUAUUUACGAUUGUAUGCACAUUGCACUCCAAAAAAAGCAUGGACUGGCAGAGUUCCAGCAAUUACAAUAUAUGGAAUUAAUUUAGCUAACUUCCCUGUUCAUGUUACUAUUCAAGGAAUUCCUGUAUUUCACAAAAAUGCUAAAGUUUAUUUAUAUGCACUUACUUCUGACAAACUACAAUCAAGGACUAUAAAAAUAAAUGGAGAAUUAUUGAAAUUGGAAUCUAAUGGAAAUUUACCACCAUUCCGACCUAUAGUAUUAGAACCUACAGAACAAAUUAGUUUACCACCUUAUUCCAUGAUAUUUAUUAUAAUACACAAUGCAAAGGUUCCAGCAUGUUAUACAUAGAUAAUGUGCAACAACCUCAAUUAAAUUAUAUCAUAUAUUAUGUAUACGUUUUCUAUACAUUAAAAAUUUAUGUUAUAGAAUCUCAUAAAACAUUUUUACAAUCAUCACUAACUAGAAUAAAGAAAAAUUAAUAAAAGAAUUAAA